AUGUCGCGCAAGCGCAAACAACCACUGAUUCAGUACGGAAAACGCAACAAACGAAACCUGCCCCUACCCAUCCCUUCUUCACCCUCUCCGCCUCCCACCUCCUCCGCCAUGAGCUGGCUUCCAUCGGCAGACGAAAUCGACAAAACCCAACGACCCAACCCCAACCCUCCACCUCACAAACCGAUCAGCCAGAAAGACGCUACAAUGGUCGCAGAACCCAGCGCUGACAACAUCGGCAUGAUGCUGGAGAUCUGCGCCGGCAUAAGCCAGCAAGAAGCAGUGAAGUACCUCAAAGCAAAACACAACAACCUCGAGGCCGCCAUCGACGCCGCGUUGAACAACGAGAACGUCGACGCGGCUCUGCAGGCAUCCACAUGGGACGACAAUCUCAUGAGCGCAGACCGGGAUGGUGGAUAUGAUCCUCAUCUACGGCCGCUUGGGGUGAGCUCGGCUGCGGCGACACGACCGAAUAGUCCUGCUGGGAGCCACAGGAGUAAUCUCCAUCCCACGAAUAGGCAGGAGGAGGAUGAGGACAUGCAGCGGGCUCUUGCGAUGAGUCAGGCAGAUGCGGGCGUGCCAAUCUACGGGCAGGAGACUGGGGUGGUGGGUCCUGGCGGCGGGCAGCCUGUUUCUGGGCCAGCGAAGAAGGAGGCCUACGACAAGGACCAGUGGGCUAUGGUGCCGACUGGUGCCAACAAGACCGGCUGGGGGCAAGCCACGGAGGUUGUGCCAGAUCAGGAGGCGCAGGACAGGGUGCUGCGCUCCGGAGAGCCGAGAGUGUUGAAGCAGUUGCCGGAUGGAGACUACAUGCCCAAUCUUCUGACGAUCUGCGCGGCCAUACCUGCUGCGAAAAAGGCGUUGUUGAUGCAGGAGUACGUGCAAGUAGAUUACGGGCAGGAUGCUGAGUGGUGGCGUGGGCAUCCAAUCGCGAAGCCGCGGAUUGUACAUGUUGGGGAUGGAAGUGCGGUGGAACCGGAGAGUGAUUGUCAGGAUGAACUGUUCGCGGAGGUGCAACGCCUGAUGGCAUUUCUCACAGCGAGCGACCGGAGUUACGCCAGCGCAGGCGCGCUCACACAGACGGAGUUCUUGAAACGCACAAGCCCGAUGGUAACGAGGUCAAGGACUCUGCUUGAGCUGUUCUUGCAGACGUGGAGUAUGGCAGCUUCGUCGAAUGUGGGUGUUGACGGGGACGUGUCGAGGAUAUUCACGACGACAGUUGGGACGUCAGCACCCGAAGGUAUGGACACGCCUGACAUGAGCUUGAUCGACCUGCAAGUCACUCUCGGCGAAGGUGAGAAGGCAGAUCUGUUCGAGCUACUGGACGGACUGCUGUGGGAGACCGAUGCAGACAGUACGGCCAUGUCGGACAACUUUAUCGAACGACCGGCGGAUGUGCUCGUCAUGCGUGCGCACCAGUCCAACCCAGCAGUUGCCAAACAGCUCCGCGUUGAAGUGCCCCCAGAGUUCUACGUCGACAAGUACCUAAAGGACAACAUUGCCGCAACACGAGCGACGAGGCGUGAGAUGGCGAACAGCAAGCGACGCAUUGCGAAGAUUGAGGAGAUCGAGAAGAAGCUGAGGACGUGGAAGCAUCCUACCAAGAACGAGAGUCUGGACGCUGGCCUGCUGCUGAAGCACACUCUCGGCCACUUCACUGGCCAGAAUUUACUCAACGCCUCCAAGAAUGACCGUAAUCACAGCACCGACGAACUAGCCGAGCAGCCACCUGCCUACCAGGACAUUUCCAGCAAGCUGGAGAAGCUCGUCGUCAACAUCGAGUCGAAACUUCAGGUCCUAACUGAGGAGAAGGAGAAAUCCCGACAAGCCAUCUCUUCCAUGUCCAAGGCGCCACCUCCAGGCCUGGAGUACGAGGAGCAACAGUACCGCUACACGCUGCGAGGCGUGGCCACACGACCGGACACAACUUACGUGCUCCUUCCCAACACUUUGGACGCUGAUGUGGAACUCAUCGAAGACGAGCACACGCCUGCAGGCUGGAGGUGGUGGAGGGUGGAGUACAAAGCCGAUGGAUCUUCAGAUUCCUCCCCUACUGUUACCAAGACACUGGCCAGCGACUUCGACGUCUUACGCGCAGUCGAGCUAGAGCACAGUUCAGCUUUACUCGUGUACGCAAGCGAUGCUGCAAUGAACGACCGGCAAACCGAGCAUGGACUUCCAGAGGCUCUGCGCAAAUUCAUAGCAAACGACAACGCCCUCUUCGACGCCGAACUUCAACGCGCCAAGGACGGCGGCGGAGGUAACGACACUUCCAACUACGGCGUCACCCACAUCGACCUCACCGACGCUCCACGCCAAAGCAUUGAACGCAGCAGCAUGGACUCCACUCGCGUCGAGGGCAGUUUCAAUGGUUCAGAUCGCGGUGAUCCGCCGGAUUAUUAUAAAGGGCCGCCGGACUUUGGAUUGGGGCCGAAUCUUGACAAGAGGGGGGAUGCGAUGGAGGAGGAUGAGGCGCCGGUGGUGGAGAUACGGUUGGAUGAUGAGGGGGAGGGGCAGGGGAGUGAGAUGGUGGAGAGGGGAAACGGGGGUUUGAUGGGUGGGAUGGAGAGAGGUGAGGGUGGGCAGGAUGAUGGUGUUGGUGGGAGGGGUGGAUGA